UUGUGAAUUGAUGGGCAUGAACUAUGUGAUGGAGAUGAUUAAGCGGGGUCAUAUAAAUAGGCAAACACCACCGACGGAGAACUUCAUCAGAUCCGAAAUUCUCACCUUUUUCUCUGUACGGGAAGUCCCGUUGGACUUGCGAAGAACUGCAAAUCAUUUCUCUCCUUUUUCCUUACGCAUUAACCACCACCGUUCCCCCGCGCUCAGCUUUCUGAUCCGGCUACAUUUUCCAGGGGUUUGGAGAAAGCAUUAAGGCUUGGAAUUCAUAAUGUUCAGGUCCCCUCGAAGGAAUCAGAGAUCCAGAGGCUUCAAGGUGAAGCAUGCCUUACAGAUAUGUCUUUUGCUUGGGGUUUGCGUCUGGCUUGUUUACCAAAUUCAGCAUUCUCGCGGUAAAAAAGCUAGUUUCGAUGAGAGAACAAAACUUGAUGAUGUUGUGAAACUAGGGAGGAAGGACCUUCAUCCUCGAGUCAUUGAGAACCACAGAGAGGAUGAGGAAGAAACCAGGAAUGAAUUGGAAAAGGGUACGUUUGAAAGUGAUAAUGAAGAAAAGGGCAGUGGGAAUGAUGAGUUUCACGAUCAGCAAGAAGUUCAGGAGGAAUCUGACAAUAAAAAUUUUAUGGUGGAUGUGGAGAAGGAGAGAGAGGAGACCAGUGAGAUUAGCGAGGAGACAAAAAUCGAAGUGAACAAAGAAAUGGAAAACGAAAACAAAGGAAAUGAAGAGAUUAAAGAGGGAGGAAAUGAUGAUAAUGGGGAGAUCGGAAAGAGUCAAGGUGAAGAGCAGGGAGAGGAGGGUAGAGGGGGAGGAAACGAAGAGAAUGGAAAUGAAGAAUACCAAAAAAAGGAAAAUCAGGAAGAGAAUGGAAGCGAAGAAAGCAAAGAACGUGGAAAUGAAGAUGUAACUGGACACGAAGAAAGCAAAGAACAGGAAAAUCGAGAAGUGAAUGGAAAGGAUGAAAGCAAUGAACAGGAAAAUCAAGAAAUGAAUGGAAAGGAAGAGAGCAAAGAACAGGAAUAUCAAGAAGUAAAUGGAAAGGAAGAGAGCAAAGAACAGGAAAAUCAAGAAGUGAAUGGAAAGGAAGAAAGCAAAGAACAGGAAAAUCAAGAAGUGAAUGGAAAGGAAGAAAGCAAAGAACAGGAAAAUCAAGAAGUGAAUGGAAAGGAAGAAAGCAAAGAACAGGAAAAUCAAGAAGUGAAUGGAAAGGAAGAAAGCAAAGAACAGGAAAAUCAAGAAGUGAAUGGAAAGGAAGAAAGCAAAGAACAGGAAAAUCAAGAAGUGAAUGGAAAGGAAGAAAGCAAAGAACAGGAAAAUCAAGAAGUGAAUGGAAAGGAAGAAAGCAAAGAACAGGAAAAUCAAGAAGUGAAUGGAAAGGAAGAAAGCAAAGAACAGGAAAAUCAAGAAGUGAAUGGAAAGGAAGAAAGCAAAGAACAGGAAAAUCAAGAAGUGAAUGGAAAGGAAGAAAGCAAAGAACAGGAAAAUCAAGAAGUGAAUGGAAAGGAAGAAAGCAAAGAACAGGAAAAUCAAGAAGUGAAUGGAAAGGAAGAAAGCAAAGAACAGGAAAAUCAAGAAGCGAAUGAAAACGAAGAAAGCAAAUUGAAGGAAACUCAAGAAGUAAAUGGAACUGAAGAAGGCAAAGUGAAGGAGAAUCAAGAAGAGAAUGGAAAUGAAGAACGUAAAGUGGGGGAGAAUCAAGAAGAAAAUGAAGGUAAAGUUAAGGUAAAUGAGAUGCCGACUGAAGAAAGCAAAGAUAAUGAAAAUGAGGAGAGAAAAGAGAGUGGAACUGAAGAGAAGAAUGAAGAGCACGAAGUAAAGGUAAAUCAAGAAGAGAGGGGAAGUGAAGAGACUGAGAAAGAAGAAAGCAAUAAUGAGGAGACCAAGGAGAAGCAGGGAGAGAAUGUUAAUCUAGAAACCAAAGAGGACAGCAGAGACACAAAGGAAGGUUCCAGGGAUACCCUGGGAGACAACAGUAGCGACAACAAGGAAAACAAUGAAAACGAGACAGACGCACAAGGACAUAAGGAAGGAAGUAUUGAGGGUGUAGUUUCAGCUGAAGAACAGGUUCAAGAUGGGAGUGAUAGGAGUAAUGAUGAUGCAAGAGAAGCACAAUACAAAGAAGAUAAUGCUUCCAGUGCCAUACAUGAAGCUCAAAACAUAACCACUGGAAAUGAGCAGGAUGGUUUUGCAAAAUUAAAUGAGGUAGAGUCAGUUGAAAAUAAAGAAAACCAUGAGGAUGUGAGGCGGAGUAGCGAAGCUGUUGAUUCCAAUACAAAUGAGUCAAUCCAAAAUGGAAGUAACGCUGAGAAAAAUGGAAACAAUCAAUCUGAGGUACCAGAAGAAGUGACCAAUAAUAACAAUGAAGAGCAGCCAGUAUCCAAGGAUAACGGCCAGCAACAGGAUGAUUCAGUCACUUCUAAUGGGAGAUCUUCUGGUUCAAGUACAACAAAUGAAACUGCAGACAGCAUCAAUGUUGAUCAAGAUAUCUCCACUUCAAAGCAUGAUGCUGCACUUGAAGAAAAAAAUCAAUUCAAUUCAUCGCUCAGCGUCACUGAUAACACAGAUACUUCAAAUGAAGGAUCCAAAGAGUCGAAUACUUCUGGGCCAGAUGAAUCAGAACGACAAGUGAGCCACAAUGAAAAUGAAAAUGAAAAUGCUGGUCAUAGUAACUCAAAUGACAAUUCUUCAGGUCAACAGAAUGAUCACGGUAAUUCUUCAGAUUUGUCAAACCUCCAAGACAAUGAUGCAUCCUCGAGCACUGUAGAAGGUGCUGGCGCAGGACAGAAUGACAAUGAGAAUGUUGAUCAAAGCAAUGGAAACUAUAACAAUCACCCGAAAGAACAAUUUGACUCCCACGAUGAGGGUGUCACAUUUUCUAAUACAAACAACAGUGAGGACCUGGCUAACACCGGUGAUUCUUCAGGCUCAUCUUUGCCUCAGGAAGAGAAGGACGCUCGCACAGAUUUGAGUACCUUACCCGAAAGCAGAACUGAAGGGAAUAACAAUGAUGAAACAGCCGCAAAGUGACAUCUCCAGCUAGCUGUGGUAACUAUAUCCUCUUCACAUGGAAUUACGCCAUUUUGUUUGUUUUUGGUUUUGUAAGGAUCUUUAUGUUUCUGUUUCAGAAAUAUAUAUAUAUAUACACACCCAUAUAUUUUUUGGCUUUGCUGCUGAAAGAGUUUGAAAAGCUAGGAUGAGUUUUGAGCAUUUGAUGCUUCAGAUUAGGACAUGGUGAUCUUUUGUUAGUCAAUUUUAGUAGCACUUUUUGUAAUCUUCUUUCUCUUCCUUAAUGUUCGUGUAAUCUCACGAUGCUGCUUGGUGGAACACCUCUCGGUAUCAUUUUUCUCCUAUCAUAUCCAUGUCUAUAUUUAAUAGAAGGAUCUUUCUCAA